AAACAUCAGUUGACAGCCGUUCACGCAGUCGAACGGACGUGCAAAGCUCCCGAUUUCUUGUCAAACAAAAAUCUAGUUUCACCAUGGGAUCGCGCAGUUCUAAGUCGAAAAAAAGCUAUGAAGUAGCUGCACCAGCCGCCGGCAGCAUUCGGAAAAAGGCCUCUAUAAAAAGUUCGCGAAUCGAGGGGUCAGCCACUCAAUCAGACCUUUCAAACGCCAGCCCACCGGCAGUUGAGGAGAAGAAUAUGUGGCCAGAAUGGUUGCAUGAAACGCAAUUUAAGGAAUUACUUGCCGCAAAUGUCGUUCAGUUCUCAAAGAUAGUGGGUUUUCGGGUGAAACCCGCCAUGGCCCCCGGUGAAAACUAUGCCACCCUGAUGCUGAGGAUCAGCAUAGAUGUGGAGCUCACUGAUAAGAGCACCAAACUGGUCUCCUUCAUGAUGAAGGUUCCACACAAAACUCCCCAAAUGGAACAGAUGUUGGCCAUGGUCAACUUCUUUGACAGCGAGAAUGCAGUCUACACGGACAUACUGCCGAAAUUAGAGGAGCUUUAUAAGGCUAAAGGAUUGGACAUACAAUUUGCUCCCAAGGCAUUCAAACUGGACUCCAACAAGGAACCCAAUUUGGCCAACACAGUGCUAAUGAAUGACCUGGGUCAGGAUGGUUACAAGAACUUAAAUCGACUGGAGUGUCUUAAUCUGGAGCAAACUAAGUUUGCACUGAAAAAACUAGCCCAAUUCCAUGCGGCAUCUGCAAUGAGUGUUCAGGUGAAUGGACCCUUUGCGGAUAUAUUCGUAAAUGGUGUCUUAGGGGGGAACAAGGAGGUGCUAAUGGCAUUCUACGAAGGAAUGAUUGCCUCAUUCCGCACUGCUUUUAUGGCCAAUUUGAAAAACUUUAAGGAUGGAGAAAGCUUUCGUGAAAUACUGGACACGGCAUUCACUCAAAUAUUUCUGGACUUUGAACAUCUGAUGAAGAGCGAUCCUGCUGAGUUCAAUGUACUAAACCAUGGUGAUUGCUGGAUGAAUAACUUGUUGUUCAGGGUGAACUCCAAAGGGGAAGUGGAAGACAUGUUGUUUGUUGAUUUCCAGAACCCCAAAUACGGCUCUCCCACUCAGGAUUUGUUUUACCUAAUCCUCACCUCGGUGCACAUUGACUACAAGCUGGAUUACUUUGACUUCUUCAUCAGGCACUACCACGAACAGUUGACAAAACACCUGAAUCUACUGGGCUUCACCGGCAAGCAACUUUCUCUCAGGGAACUUCACAUGCUGAUGUACAAGCACGGAAGUUGGGCUCUGUUUCCCUCGAUCAGUGUGCUGCCAGUGGUGCUCCUGGAUCCAAAUGAAUCUGCCACUUUUGACAAUUUCCUGGGAGACACCGAAGACGGUGCCAAAUUCAAGAAUCUUCUGUUUGCCAACAAGCGCUACAAGGGAUAUAUUGAAAGGAUUCUGCCAUGGCUGUAUAACAAGGGAUUCUUGGAAGCCUACAAUCAGUUCAUCCCACCCGAAACACCUUCAUCGGAGAACUCUAAAAAUCCCAACCAGAUAUUGGACUGGCUUAGUGUCAGCGACUUUGAAGAAGUACUAUCCUCCUCCGAUCCAGAGUUUAACAAGGUUCUUGGCGGAUCUUGGACUUCGGCGACGAAGCCCGGAGACAACUUUGCGUCUAAGCUUUUGAAAGUUGAUAUACAGGCAGAAAUGAAAGAUAACACUGCCAAGAUGUUCUCCUUCAUACUGAAAGUACAACAAAAGUCUACCAGUGAUAAUUUUACCGAUGUAAACAUGUUUCCCAAAGAAAUGGAAAUGUAUCGCAAAUAUGUACCCGCCUUUGAAAAGCUCUAUAAGGAUGCAGGCUUAACCAUCACAUUUAGUGCAAAGUCUUUCGUCCUAAAUAAAGAUGUCAGUGAAGAAUAUCUGCUAAUGGAAAAUCUUCAAGCCAAGGGCUUCAAGAUGGCCGAUCGCAAGAAAGGAUUGGACAUGGAGCACACCAAGAGCGCGCUGAAGAAACUGGCCCAAUGGCAUGCGGCCUCCAUAAAGUACAAAGAACUUAACGGACCCUACUCCACGUUGUAUAACGAUGGAAUCUAUAUUGAACAGACGAGAGAUAUGUUCCAUAAUAUGUUUGCCUUGGCCAAGGACUCGUUUAUUCAAAUACUGGGAAAGUUCGAGGGUGCUGAGGAAUAUCUGCCCAAACUGCCAUGGAUUUUGGACAACCACGUAGAUCAGAUUAUUGAAGAUGCCAAAAUCAAUGAGAAAGAGUUCAAUGUGCUUAAUCAUGGCGAUGCGUGGAUAAACAACAUCAUGUUCCAAUACGACUCAGAAGGUCGCCUCAAGGAAACCUUCUUGCUGGACCAUCAGAAUACUAAAUACGGCAAUCCAGCUCAGGAUCUGUACUACUUUAUUAUGAGUUCUACAGAGCUGGACAUCAAAGUUGAUCAGUUCGAUUAUCUUAUCAGGUGGUAUCACGAAAAUUUAGUGGAACAUUCCAGUUUGUUAGAAUACAACGGAUAUGUUCCCUCUCUUAAUGAACUUCAUACCAUUUUGAUAGACCAUCCAGCUUUCGCUGCUGGCACAGUAAUCAGUACCUUAACCGUUUGCCUCACCGACGAGGGCUUCAACCCCGAGAUAUUUUUCAUCGAAACACCGGAGUCCGAAAACUUUAGAUUACAGCUUCUCGGCAACGAGCGUUAUAGAGCCCAUAUUGAGCGGGUGAUGCCUUGGCUUAAUAGGAGGGGUCUACUUGACCCUAAUCCCCAGUGCUUUACGAUGGGUCUGCGAAAUUCCAAGACAAAGCAAAGCUAUGAUGUCAAAACUUCGGAGCCAGCACCACAGGCUCAGCUGAACUCAGACCCCCCAGCUCCGGUUACCAACUCGGAACCAGAGAUUGAUCGUAGCAACUUGGUGCCCAAAUGGCUGAAUGAAACGCAAUUUGAGGAACUUCUAACCACAAAUGUAGCUGAGUUCUCCAAAAUAGUGGGUUUCCGGGUGAAACCCGCCUUGUCCCCCGGCGAAAACUAUGCCACUCUUAUGCUCAGGAUCAGCAUAGAUGUAGAGCUCACUGACAAGAGCACCAAGCUGGUAUCCUUCAUGAUGAAAGUUCCUCAUGAAACUCCGCAAAUGGAGCAAAUGAUGGCCCUAGCAAACUUUUUUAACAGCGAGAACACGGCCUAUAUUGACAUUCUACCGAAACUGGAGGAGCUCUACAAGGCCAAGGGUCUGGAUAUCAAUUUCGCUCCGCGAGCAUUCCGGCUGGACUCCACCAAGGAGUCCAAGCUGGCCAACACGGUGCUGAUGAACGAUCUUGGCCAGAAUGGGUAUAAGAAUUUAAAUCGUCUGGAGUGCCUGAACUUGGAACAAACCAAGUUUGCCCUCACAAAAUUGGCUCAGUUCCAUGCAGCCGGUGCUAUGAUGGUCCAGGUUAAUGGACCCUAUCCUGAUGUAUUUAUACACGGCAUGAUGGGAGACAACAAGGAGGCCAUAAUGGCUUUUGUGGAAGGAAUGUUGGGAUCUUUUCGAACGGCGUUUUUGGCCAAUCUGAAUAAGUUCAAAAAUGGAGAAGCCCAUCGCGAGAAGCUUGAAAAAGUACUUGCUGUCCUAACUACCGAGUUCAUGAAAAUCAAUGUCAUAGAUAAAGAUGAGUUCAAUGUACUGAACCAUGGCGAUUGCUGGAUGAAUAAUCUGCUGUUCAAGGUGGACUCCCAGGGAAAAUUGGAGGACAUGGUCUUUGUCGAUUUCCAGAACCCCAAAUACGGCACCAACACCAUGGACUUACUCCACUUUAUCAUGACUUCGGUGCACAUAGACUACAAGCUGGAUUACUUUGACUUCCUAGUCAGGCAUUAUCACGAACAGCUGACCAAGCACUUGGAUAUUUUGGGAUUUACUGGACACAAGCCAUCCUUGAGAGAAAUGCACAUUAAGAUGAUCAAGUACGGAGGAUUUGUUCUAUUCUCAACUAUAGCCGUAUUGCCUUUGGUUCUUCUGGAUCCUAGCGAGUCGGCCACACUUGAUAAUUUCUUGGGAGACUCCGAAGCUGGCGUUAAUUUUAAGAGCUCUUUGUACGCCAACAAGCGGUAUAUUGGAUACAUUGAACGAAUUCUGCCUUGGUUGGAAAAUCGGGGUUUCCUGGAACCAAGUACUGAACCAAUUCCAACACUACCGCCCGCAUCAGAGCCUCUACAGCAAGCGCAGCCUGAGAAUCCUGACCAGAUCCUGGACUGGCUUAAUGUAAGCGAUUUCAAGGAGAUCAUCUCAUCAACCGAACCCAAUUUUGAGAAGAUUGUAAGCGGUUCGUGGAAGUCGGCCACGAAACCUGGUGACAACUUUGCUUCUAAGCUCCUGAGGGUUGAUAUAGAGGCACAGUUAAAAGAUAAUGCCGUCAGGACCUUCUCGUACAUCCUAAAAGUGCAAGUAGCCAGUGGCAUGAUUAACUUCGCCGACCUUAACCUGUUUCCCAAGGAGAUCGAGAUGUACAGCACAUAUGUACCCGCUUUUGAGCAGCUCUAUAAGGACGCUGGAUUGCCUGUCACAUUUAGUGCCAAGUCGUUCCGGCUCAGCAAGGAUGUCAGCGAGGAAUAUCUGAUUUUGGAGAACCUGCAGGCAGACGGUUUCAAAAUGUGCGAUCGCAUGAAGGGAAUGGACUUGGAGCACAGCAGGAGCACGUUGAAGAAAUUGGCUCAAUGGCAUGCUGCCUCUCUCAAAUACAAGGAACUCAAUGGAUCCUACCCGCCGAAAUACAACAACGGCAUUUUUACAGAACAAACUGCUGCUAUGUUCAAGGGUAUGUUUGCUCAAACGACAAAGACUUUCAUGGAGGAAGUGGCCAAAUUUAAUGGCGUCGAUGAGUAUCUGCACAAAUUGCCAGCGGUGUUGGAAACCCAAGUCGACAAAAUUAUAGAAGACGCCAAAAUCAAUGAGGAAGAGUUCAACGUACUCAAUCAUGGCGAUGCGUGGAUCAAUAACAUCAUGUUCCAAUAUGACUCGGAGGGACAUGUCAAGGAAACCUUCCUACUGGAUCACCAAGUUACGAGAUACGGAAAUCCUGCCCAGGAUCUGUACUACUUCAUAAUGAGCUCCACUCACCUGGAUAUUAAAGUCGAUCAGUUUGACUCUCUCAUCCGAUGGUAUCAUCAAAACUUGGUGGAACAUGCUAAAUUGUUAAACUACAAUGGAUUUGUACCCUCUCUGAAGGAACUGCACAUUAUUUUGAUAGAGCACCCAACUUAUGCGGCGGUAACCAUGAUUACCACCUUGACGAUGUGCCUAAACAAGGCCGAUGAGAAAUUCUCCACCGAAGGCUUUUUGGGAGAGAACAAGGAAGCGGAAUCAUUGAGAUCGGCACUUUUCAGCAACGAACGCUACAGGGCCAACAUAGAACGCGUUAUACCAUGGUUGAAUAGACGGGGAGUGCUUGAUGCUUUCGCCACUGAUAAAGCCCAAUAACUACUCUUAGACUUGACUGAAACAAUAAAAAGCUUUUUAUAUCAGCUGUAUA